AUCCCAACCUACUGAGGAGACUCCGUUACAACCUGUGGCAGCUCCCAAAGUCACCGAGAAUGUUGUGACCGAAAACGGCGACAACGGAAGUGACGUCAAAGCUUCACUUAUGCAGAACGAGCAACCCACCCCUGCAAAUUCGCCGCUUGAUGGCGCAGCUGAGCCGAAAGACGUCAUCAAACCGGAUGACGUAGCCGUUGCCGUUGACAACCAAGCUUCGACUGUCGAAGAAACUCACGCAUGACGUCAUCAUCGCUGACGUCAUCAAUACAACUGCACUGUCAUGAUAGUGACGUUUUACUUUGUGUCUUUCAAAACAAAGCGCGGGAUUUCCCCAACUCGACACCCUUUAUUUCGUAACAAACGAGCGAUUAUGUUCCCAACAUUUUUCUUUUCGAUCACCGCGUGACGUCACGAAUAUGACGUUGUAAUUCACCACGUGACGUCAUAAUUCGGCGGAAACCACGGCCCGUUGCACGAGCUCAUGCAUUUCACACCAUGGUUGAUUAUUAUUACACAAUACCAAUUGUGACGUGCGUAUGAAUUCUACGUCAUAAUAUAAGCAAUAAUUUUUUGCUUCAACUACAAAAAGCAAUUAAAUAACUUUUUUAUUUUUACAAAAUCCGUAUUUUCACAAUUUAACUUUUCAUUUCAGUGCUGCCAAACACUCUUAAUGACUGCCAGAUUCUCCGACCGUGGUUGCUUUUGUGCAUCACUGCAAAAAGUAGUAUUUAUUACAGCGUUCAUUAUUAGUUGCCAAAAAUAGUUUUUUUUUGUUUCUAAACCGACGGUGUGAGUUCGAUUCCCUGUCAAGGGACUUAAGUUUUGAAUAUUUUGGUGCGGAUGUUAUUGGUAGAUGGGCUUUAUUUGACGUUUUUUUAUAUUCUUUACGUUCUUAUAGCAAACCUUACAAUUUGGGACCCGGUAUUGAGAAAUUGGGACCCAUGACGUCACACCAGUGGUCUCUUACGUCAUAAUGGUCAUUGUAAAUAAUUGUUCCUUUCCGACGAGUCUUGCAUGCAAUGUAACGGCGACCUGCUCAGCGAAUGGUUUACGUCAUAAUUACGUCAUUGCUGUUGUAUCGUAUACACCAAAGCGCAAAUUUUUUUCUUGGUCGUCGUCGAAUAAAUGAGUAAAUGUUA